UCAAGCCGUCCCAUCAACUGUGUGGAGCUAUCCCAAGCAGCACACAAGAUGACAAUCAACACCUUGGCUAGAGAAGGCUGGCACCGGGAGCAAAUGGCAUGUUUUCGAAAGAUGGAGAAAGUGAUUGUGGCCAUGCAGGACCCGGACAUGGGCGUGAAGAUGAGAAACCAGAGGCUCCUUAUAACAGUCAUCCCACACGCCAUGACAGGCCAUGACGUCAUCGAGUGGCUCAUCCACAACUACAACAUAUGUGAGGAAGAGGCUUUGCACCUUGGAGGCAUGCUCGUGAGGUUCGGCUAUAUUUACCCUCUCAAGGAGCCCCGAUCUCUCGUGCUGCGUCCCGAUGAAUCACCAUACCGCUUCCAGACUCCUUAUUUCUGGACCAGUACUCGAUGGCCUGCCACUGAGCUGGACUAUGCAAUCUACUUGGCUAAAAAGAACAUAAGAAAACAAGGAGAGUUGAUGGAAUACGAAAAGGAGCGCUACAGUCUGUUGCACAAGAGGAUUAACCACACCUGGGACUUUGUGGUCAUGCAAGCCAGAGAGCAACUCAGAGCUUCCAAACAAAGGCGGAAGGCUGACCGUAUUGUUCUGGCGUGUCAGGAGCAGGCUUACUGGCUCAUUAACAGACCACCACCCAGGGUGCAUAAUGUGCUCGACAUGGGUCUGGAAAGGCCAAGUAACUCCAAUUUACGAGUCGUAUUGAAUAGUGAUUUCUACAAAAGAGAGAUUGCAACUUGUAAAAGGGCUCUGGGAAGAAACCGUGUCAAGUCAUCCAUUUGCCUGGAAAGUUUUUUGAAAUUCAGCGAGCAGUACCAGAACCACGAUCCCAUUAUGCAGGGUUGUCUUCCCAGCAAUCCCUGGAUCUCUGAUGACAUCGCACUUUGGACCAUGAAUUCAGAUAUAGUUUCCAUCCCCACACGCCUCCGAGUGGAACGUUGGAGCUUCAACUUCAUGGCACUUCUUAUUGACACCAUGGGGAGACGGGAAUUUAUGACUUACCUGGAGAAAGAAUUUAGUGCGGAGAAUUUGUGUUUCUGGGAGGCCUGUGAAGACAUAAGACAUGGAGAAAGUUCCAAGAUCGUGGAGAAGGUGGAAGAAAUAUACAAAAACUUCUUGGCACCCGGAGCUGCACGCUGGGUGAACAUUGACAGUAAAACCAUGACUACGACGUUAGAGGGCAUCCAACGCCCUCAUCGCUUUGUCAUGGAUGACGCGCAAUUGCACAUCUACUUCCUCAUGAAGAAGGACUCCUAUCCCAGAUAUCUUAAAUCUGACCUUUACAAGAACAUGCUGGCCAGGGCUAUUAUUCCACAAGAGACCAAGAAAAGCGUGUUCCCCUUUAUGAGGCGACAACGACACUCAAGCCCCUCCCCUGCUAAGGCCGCCACUCAGGAAGGGCUCGCCAAAGGGACUGGGCAGGCAGGUACCAGCUCUGCAGCUGUAUGAUGCCAGGCUAAAACACAAAAA